GGAGGAGGAGGGUAGAGACGGAGAUAGAGAGGCAGAAUCAGUGACGGGGCGUGCAGGACAAACACUGACAAGCUGAGACAGAGCGAGUGAGAAGGAGGCAGCUUUGCAGCACCUGAGAGGCAGCAGCUUCAUUAGCAUCAGGGAGGAGAGUCGGUCACAGGCAGCCACGCCGGGACUCGUGUAGGAAAAACUGGUGUUAUCCACCACCGCUUGUGGAGCAGCGCGGGGAGGCUACAGCAGAGGUGGAGGCUGAAUGAGAGGAUGAGAAGCAUCGCUGCCACCUGACUCACACUGGGAGUCAGCCUCAGCACCUGCAGCGGCAGACUGAACACUCCAGCUAUCAAGGAGACUUAAGGCAGACGGGAGGAGAGAGCUGCUGAGAUUAUGCGCGGGGCAGAGAGCUCCUGUGGAUUCCCCGUCUUUGGCAGCAGCAGCAGCAGGAAGAGCAGGAGCUGUGGCUCUACAGAUAACAGCAGAGCUAGCUGGAGCUGCAGCAAAACAAGGAGCCCUCACUCUAAAGCUAUUUAUUUAUCCAGGGAUGAAGGUAGCACUCGCAGCCAAGGUGUAACAGAACCCAGCUGUCCAUGCUGCCACUGUGUUGAAUGUACCUGUAGCCAGAGCGCUGACGGUCGCUGCAGCGCUGGUGUAAAGGUGACCACAGCAGUGCAGGUGUAGUUGUAGCUGUAGCAGGGCCGGAGUAAGUGGUGGGGGGCGGGUGGGGACAGUGGCUCAGGACACUGAAUGACCAGUGUGGCUGAUGAAGGCCACCUGGAUCCGCUUGCUGAAACGAGCCAAGGGAGGUCGCGUCAAGAACUCCGAUGCCUGUGGUUCGGCCGACUCCUACACCAGCCGUCCAUCAGACUCCGAUGUGUCCUUGGAGGAGGAUAAGGAGGCAGUGCGCAGAGAGGCAGAGCGACAGGCUCAGGCACAGCUCGACAAGGCCAAGACCAAACCAGUUGCAUUUGCUGUUCGCACAAAUGUCAACUACAGCCCGAGUAACGAUGACGAUGUACCCGUGCCAGGCAUGGCCAUCUCCUUUGAGGCGAAAGACUUCCUCCAUGUCAAAGAGAAAUUCAACAACGACUGGUGGAUAGGACGCCUGGUGAAGGAAGGCUGUGAAAUCGGUUUCAUCCCCAGUCCGGUGAAGAUUGAAAACACUCGCAUCCUCCAGGAGCAGAGAGCCAAACAGGGCAAGUUCCACUCCAGAUUGGGAGCAAACUCAUCCUCUAGUUUAGGUGAAGUGGUUCCUAACUCACGGAAAUCUACUCCUCCUUCGUCUGCCAUUGACAUAGAUGCCACAGACUUAGACCCCGAGGACAAUGAGCUUCCAGCCAACCUGCGUUCCCCUAAAGCCAGUCCAAACACUGUUAUGUCACCCCUAGCAAAAGAGAAACGAAUGCCCUUCUUUAAGAAGACGGAACACGUUCCUCCGUACGACGUUGUGCCUUCCAUGCGGCCCGUGGUUCUGGUUGGACCGUCACUGAAGGGCUACGAGGUGACAGACAUGAUGCAAAAAGCACUAUUUGACUUUUUGAAACACAGAUUCGAGGGAAGAAUAUCAAUCACUCGUGUCACGGCGGACAUCUCCCUUGCCAAACGCUCAGUCCUGAACAAUCCCAGCAAGCACGCCAUCAUCGAGCGCUCCAACACACGCUCGAAUUUGGCUGAGGUCCAGAGUGAGAUUGAGCGAAUCUUCGAACUGGCCCGGACGUUACAGCUGGUAGUUCUGGACGCCGACACCAUCAACCACCCGUCUCAACUGGGAAAGACCUCCCUCGCCCCCAUCAUCGUCUACGUCAAGAUCACCUCUCCCAAGGUGCUGCAGAGGCUCAUCAAGUCCAGAGGCAAGUCUCAGUCCAAACACCUCAAUGUCCAGAUGGUGGCCGCGGAUAAGCUGGCUCAGUGCACUCCUGAGAUGUUCGACAUCAUCCUGGAUGAGAACCAGCUGGAGGACGCAUGUGAGCAUAUGGCUGACUACCUGGAGCUCUACUGGAAGAGCACUCACCCCACCAGCUUCAAUCCCCCCAACCCAGUGCUAGCCCCAUUGCAGGGCAGCAGUGCAGAGCAGAAAGGAGACAAAGCGUUAGUGGAGAGAAAGGGCUCCAGAGAGGAUCACCAGCACCACCAUCAUCAUCACCACCACCACCACCAGAGCCAGGACCAGGCUGACGCCGACGCAGAGGCCGAGGGGGAGGGCAACGAGGAGGAGAGACCUCUGCGGACGGAGUCUUCCAAGAGAGCCCAGCACAUCCACCACCGUUCGUCUUCCACCAGGACUGAGCACCACAACCACCAUCACCACCACCACCACCACAGCAGUCGAGCCCGGGGCCUCUCCCGGCAGGAGACUUUGGACUCGGAGACCCCCGAGAGCCGAGAGAGCAGAGAGAGCAAAGACUCGGCUUACAUCGAGCCACGCCCUCAGCUCCUCCACCAGGAGGAAGAGGAGGAGGAGGAGGAGGAGGAGCAGGAGGAAGUAGAGGAGGAGGAGGAGGAAGAGGAGGAGGAGGAGGAGGAUCUAGGGGAGGGGCACCCCCAGCAGCAACAGCGUUACGAGCCACUGCCCCACCGGGACCACAACCACCAUCACCACCACCACCAUCACCGCGGUGGUGGGGCGGCAGACGAAGCCGGCCACAGCACGGGACACCACCGCUCGAAGGAGCGCGAACAGGACCAUAACGAGCGUAACAAGCAGCGCUCGCACCACCACCGGCCCGCACGCGACCACCACCAUCACUACUACGACCGGGACAGAGACAGGGACCGAGAGGGGGAGGUGGCUCCCAAAAAGAGGGGUGAUGCAGGGGAGUGGGCCAGAGACUCCUACAUCCACCAGUGACAGACCAAAUCCCUCCUGAUGAAGCUCAUGUGGACUCUCCUCUUCUGUUCUCCCAUCGUGCUGCUAUACCCUGAAACCACAGCAUCCUAUUUAUGUACACUUCCUUUGUAAAUGCUGUUGCAUCUUUUUCAAUGGCAGGAUUUUGAUUACAUAGAUACAAAUAUAAAUAUAUAAAUAUAUGUAUGUGUGUAUCUAUGCAUAGACGUUGUUUAUGUGUGGAUAUGCAUGAAUAUUCUUAAAUAUGCAUAUUUUAAACCUGUGUUUGAUAAAGCAUGACACAAAAGCAGAAGUAUUUCUGUACUGAGCUGUGCUUUCUGUGAUUAGCAUUUUUAUUUUUAUUAUUAUAAUUAUUAUUAUUAGUUUCUUUGUUUUUUUUGCUUGCUACCACUUGAAUAAUUUGUUCCUUCAGACUACUGCUAGGGUUGACUGCAACGGUUGACUAACCAAGUUAGUUUGAUGCUGUAUUUGCAGAGUAUUUUGUUUGUUUUAAACAAUAGUUUGGCAAUUUGGGAAAUACACUCAGUCGCUUUCUUGCUGAGAGUUACACUCAGGUGACAGUUUACUAGGUACACCAGUCCUGCAAACUGUUUUAAAGCUUCUCCAUCGAACUUUGUGAUCAUUUUGGAUGUGUAGUUAGCUUGUAGUGCUCUUGAUAGUUUCUGUUAUUUUGUCUUCCCCCUGUUUAUAUCAAUGAGGGUCGUCUAAAUAACAGAAACACCUUCCAGUAUUAAUGCAAUACAGCUCAAACGCACCACAAACAUCCGGACUGAUCAUACAGUUACAUUAUAACCUUCAUGAUUUAUUAGCCUGUACUGUUCCCUGAUGAGGUUCAGCGGUCACAGAAAAUAGAUGCUACCUAGUAAACUGGCAACUGAGCCCAGACGAGAAGCUCAUUGAAGUAAAUAUGAAGCUAAAGCUAGCUCAGCUUACACUGAAAACGGGGAAACUGCUAGUCUGAGUCUGUCUGAAGAUUUUAAAAAAUCCUCUACCAGCACCUCUAAAACACUAAUUUACUCUUUAUAUAUAAUUUGUUUAGUCUAAAAUCUCCACUUAAAGCUAACUUGUGCUAAUUAGCGGUCAAUGUUAACUGUAGCUGCUUCU